GGAUGGGAGAGGAGAAGAGGAGAGGCAUUGACUGGAUGCGUUACACAUGGGAGAGAAGAAAACGGCUAUUUCAUGCGCUCGGUGUGCAUCACUGAGGAGUGCGGCUGUCCGUCUGGAUUGUUAGUCAUCUGCUGCCCCACAGCGAAGGGGAAAUACGAAGGAGCACAGGCAGGCUUGGGGGAAUACAGGGCUGCGUGCAGAGGAUGAACAGGCGAUGUGGGCUCUCUGGCUGUGAUCGCUGUCCUCAGACCCCCGUAGACACUUGCACUGGUGCUGUUGCAGGCCGUUAGCCUCGCAGUUAGGCAGCAGCAGUCAGAGUGAUUGAUACAGAAUGAGCUCCAAGCACUCCUCCGACUGGAUCCCCUACAGCACUUUAGAUGAUGAGGGCACCAACCUCCGACAGCAGAAACUGGACAGACAGCGGGUGCUCAUUGAACAGAAGCAGAAGAAGAAGAGGCAGGAGCCUCUGAUGGUCCAGUCUAACGUGGACGGGAGAUCUCGCACUCGUCGGACCAAACAGAGCGAGGAACAGGCUCCGCUGGUGGAAUCCUACCUCAGCAGCAACAGCAGCACCAUCUACCAUGUGCAAGAAGCUGAACAGGAGGAGGUGAAGGUGAUAGCGGACAUACAGCCGCCCCGCUCAGCCAAAAAGGGCAAAGCAUCGGCCAGCUCCACUCCACAGACGGGCAGCGACAAGAAGGAGAGGAAGGGGAAGCACAAAGCAGCGAUCGAUGGCCUGGCUUCCCUGCAGGAUGAUGGUCAAAUCCAGAUCCUGACAGUGGGUCACCCCAGCUCAGAGGAUGGCGACUCGGAGCCUGUCAUGAGCUGCACUCAAUCGCAGAGUAAACAGGAUCUGCGUGUCACCAUGCUCAAGAAAGGUAUUUCCAGCAGUAUGAAUUUCGAUGAAGAAGAGGACGACGAAGAUGAAAUCAGCUCCAGUUCCUCACAGCUCAACAGCAACACGAGGCCAGGCUCGGCCACCAGCAAGAAGUCAUGCAAGGAGGUGGCUUCGGCACCCACUCCACCAGUCAAUGAACCUGCUGUCGAUGUAGAUGACCUUGAAGAGUUUUCUCUGCGACCUGCGCCCCAGGGGGUCAGAGUGAAGUGCAGAAUUACCAGAGACAAGAAAGGCAUGGACCGAGGCAUGUAUCCCACCUACUACCUUCAUCUAGAGAGAGAAGACGGCAAGAAGGUGUUCCUGUUAGCAGGCAGGAAGAGGAAAAAGAGUAAAACAUCAAAUUACCUCAUCUCCAUCGAUCCCACCGAUCUGUCUCGAGGUGGAGAGAGCUUCAUUGGUAAACUGAGGUCUAACCUCAUGGGAACUAAGUUCACCGUAUACGACAGCGGCCUGAACCCCAUGAAGAGCACCACCAGCCUUGAAGCUAGCAACCUGCGUCAAGAGCUAGCAGCCAUUUGCUAUGAAACCAAUGUUUUAGGAUUCAAAGGACCUCGCAAAAUGAGUGUCAUCAUUCCUGGAAUGAACAUGGACCACGAGAGAGUGUCAAUUCGCCCACGAAAUGACCAUGAGUCACUGCUGGCCAGGUGGCAGAACAAGAACACAGAGAGCGUGAUCGAACUUCACAACAAGACGCCCGUGUGGAACGAUGACACACAAUCCUACGUGCUCAACUUCCACGGCAGAGUCACUCAGGCCUCGGUCAAGAAUUUCCAAAUCAUUCACGACAAUGACCCUGACUACAUUGUGAUGCAGUUUGGCCGUGUGGCAGAGGACGUCUUCACCAUGGACUAUAACUACCCAAUGUGUGCCCUGCAAGCCUUUGCCAUUGCCCUCUCCAGCUUUGACAGCAAGUUAGCCUGUGAAUAGAUCCCAGCCUGAAGUACAGUGGAGAACUGGUCCAUCUGUCCUCUCAACAAGGGCUGUUACUGUAUCCUUGGGGGCUGGUUUGAGAUCUCCAAAUCACCCAGUACCUUGGAAGUCUUGCAUAUCCCAGAAUGCUUUAUGGGGCCUCAAGUCUUGUGUGUUAGUGUGUGUGUGGUGGGGUGGGUGGGGGUGGGACCUCGGGAUGGUCUAGGUCAGUGGAAGAAAACAAGCACAAAGAGCAAAUCCACUUUCAAAAUCCAGUUCAUUUGUUUUGAUAACUAUACUCAUUUUGUACUGUAAAGGCAUUAUGAAAACAAACACUGUUCCUUUAUGUAGUAGUUAGAGAAAUUUAACAUUUCUUUACCUGUAAAUUAUAACUAACAUUUACACAUCUGUAAGUUUUAAAAGCCGACUGGAUUUCAUGUGGUCUGCCACACAAAGCUGUCACACUCUCCCGUAAGCAUGAAUACUGCUUAUAUACUUACUGAAUUAAAACCACCAUGCACGUCACACUAUAUUUAUUUUGUUAUUUAUGUAUUUAUUACAUGUUUUGUUUUCUGUUAUCAUUAGCAAAAAAAAAAAUCAGUAGUAUUGGCUCCGUGGAGCUGCAAGCACAUAAAUUAGCAUCACAAGAAGGAACAUGUCUUGUUUCCACACUAAACAAUUAGCGACGAGGGCGUGAACAGGGCAAAGGCAUGUAACACUGUGGUGUGUCCCAUAUACAAUAUUGUGUCACAGUGUCAUGUAUGCGAAUGUAUAGGAUGAUGGUGCACUUUACUUUGAAGUCUGUCGUGGAUGAGAUAUAGCUGUACAUACUUUAUUGUGCCUUUGAAGACUAAUUCCAGUGUUAUGCUUUGGCCAUAGAAGGAGCUGAGCUUGAAUUGGUCUUUGCUGGUCUUGCUGUCCUCGCAUACACUGGGGCUAAUUCUCUGUAGCUACUUUGAAAUCAGUUGUCUAAUGCAGAGCUCAUUUCGACUGAUUAGAUAGCUGGAGUCGCAAAAACCUCCAGAAACCAGUGGCGCCCCCAGGGAGGGGGCCUUCAUUCAAUUACUGGCCCCCUCUGGCAAAAAAACUGGAGGCUGACAUUACUAACUCUAAUAGCUCUCACUAGUUUAUUUUUUAGCUAGCAUGGAGGUAGGGUUAACUUGUAAAACUAGAAAACCUAACACAUCCAUUGGUACCAACCAUGUCAGCAUGGCUUGUAGGGAGAGCGGCCAAAUAAUGCUCCAAAGUUAGGUUAAAUUUUGGUGAGGGGACAGCUGGCAUGGCCAUUUCCAAAGGGGUCCCUUGAACUCUUACCUAGAGAUAUCUGAAUGAAAAUGGACUCUAUACCCACGAGUCUCCCCUAAACUUGAGAAGGCUUGUUCCCAGUAAAUGUUUUGUUCCUUACAAUCAAUGUGCUCCUUCAUAUUAAAGCUAUCUUUUAAUGGAAAAUGACAAACACCCUAUUGAAAGAACAAUGAAUCUCCUAACAUGUACAAAUACGUAACAUAUUAAAACAGCAUUGUUGUGGACCCCAAAAUGUUAUCUGUACUGGUAUAAGUCUAUGCACAUCAGAUAAUUUGUGAUAUUAGUUUUAAAAUAAGAAACCAAAGUAUAUCCGAAUGUGAUUCUCCAUAUGUGACUCUCCAUAUUGACAAAGUUUUCAGCUAGCCUAUAUGUAACAGCAUGAUCAAAUUCCUGAAAUUCAGUUAUGGCAUUUUUUUUUGUGUGCCGCCCCAGGAUGUUCAGUGGCCCCAUUUGGCCACCCUUAUGAAACAUUUCUGGGGGCGCCACUGCCAAAAACCUCUAUAUCACUGGACAACAUUUUAGUGAUUGUCCAGAUAUUUUUGAAUUACAUUCAGGGCCAAGAACACAUUACACUAAAGUGGCGAAUAAUUAUAUACAUUGUACUGUUAAUCAGGCAGCAGAUAAAACAUCAAAGGCACUCAGGCUUAAGGUUGUGCUCAUAUCAUAUGACGUCUCCUACCUGGAAAAACGAAACUGAACACAGAUUGAUGUACUGCCAUCAAACACACAGUAACAGAGUAAAUCUGCCACAGCUUAAACACUUGCAUAUUUCAUUUCUCGCUCUUUACAUCUUUGAUUACUUUUCUGCUCCACUGAGAUGGAGUUCAGUACAUUCCUCAUCUGACCGGCAGUAAGUUUCUAUAUCACGUGGUUUAUUGCUGUUCACAUUUUUACUCAAAAUAUUAUUGCUCUUGCUUCUUCUGGGGCAGUGUUCUUUCUCAAAUAUCUGAUAGUAUUUUGUAUUCUAUGACCAUUAAAAAAAAAUGCUGAAUGAAGGCAACGAACAAUCUCUGAUACCGCUAUUGUUACUGUGGGUUAUGAGGAAAUCUUUAUCAAAUGUGCUAUUCUUGUACUCAAUUGUGUUCUAACUAUUUUAAAUUUCUAUUUUAAAAUUGUUGAUACUCUUGCUGUAAAGUCUGCUUUUCAUACAUGUGUCCAGGAACCAAAGGUUCUUUCACUUUCUGUUUUUAGUGCUCUCGUUGUAAUGUACAGUAAAUGGUGUACAAUUUACUGUGGUGGUAUAAACACAGUCCUUUGUUCAUGGAAAAAAAUAAAA